GAGGGACGGAGGGAGGAAGGGAGCUCCCGGUGCGGCCCUGCUCCGCCUCUGCCCCGCUUUCCGGGAGCGGCCCGCAGAGCAGCGCCGGGGCCGGGAGCAGGGCCGGGCGGCGGAGGCGGCCAUGGAGCCCAACCAGCUGCGCCUCUCCGCGGCCGCACGUGGCCAUGGAGGCUAUGAUUCUGAUUUUAGUGAUGAGGAGAGUGGAGAGAAGUCUCUGCAAAAGACUAAAAGAACAGAGGAAGAUGCCCUCCUGAUAAAGCCWUUCCAAAAAGCAAAACAAGGCAGUGUGGUUCACAGACAAUUUGCAGCUGAAGAAUGUGAUAGGGAAGAAGCAAGAAAAAGAAGAUUUCACUUGAUAUCUAUGGAUGCUUAUGAAAGACAUAAAAAGUUUGUGCAUGACUACAUUUUAUACUAUGGCGGCAAAAUAGAGGAUUUCCGACGAUCUGGAGCAAAUGACAAGACGGAUCUUGAUGUUAUUAGAGAAAACCAUAGAUUUCUGUGGAAUGAAGAAGAUGAAGCAGACAUGAAUUGGGAGAAGAGACUUGCAAAGAAGUAUUAUGAUAAAUUGUUCAAAGAAUACUGUAUAGCAGAUCUCAGCAGAUACAAAGAGAAUAAGUUYGGAUUUAGAUGGCGACAUGAGAAAGAAGUAAUUUCAGGAAAAGGUCAGUUUUCCUGUGGAAAUAAGCGCUGUGAUGAGACAGAAGGCCUGAAGAGCUGGGAGGUGAAUUUCGGUUACGUUGAACAUGGUGAAAAGAGGAACGCCCUUGUGAAAUUGAGACUAUGUCCAGAAUGUUCCUACAAACUAAACUUCCAUCACCGGAGGAAAGAAGUCAAAACACACAAGAAAAGAGAGAAAGCUGUACAGAACUCUAAAGAGCCAAAAAACAAGAAGAAAAAAUUAUCUCGUUCAGCAAAAAAGAAGUCCAAAAAGAAGACCCAUAAAGAUGAGGUUUCUUCGGACGAUUCAGACACUUCUGAUAAAGAUUCAGAUAACAGCAAUGCAGAAGAUGGUCCUUCAGAGGCUGACUGUAGGAAACAUCCUCCACGAGAAGCACGUGAAAAAUCACGGGAAGAGGAAUUUGAUGAGUAUUUUCAAGACUUAUUUCUCUAAAACUUGCAAUUGAUGUUGGCUGAUUUUCUUCAUGAGUUAUGAAGAAGGAAGUCUGAAAAUCCAGUCAUAAUUUGCCAGAGACUUCUACCUGUCAGCAUACCUUUUCUACAGUCACUCAUAUGGACCAUUUUGGUAGAUUGUCUUUGUAGAAGGCUUUAAAUCUGAAAACCUUCUGUUUCUUUUAGUAGGCUCCAUACUCUUGAAACAAGAAAAAKAAUUUUUUUAGUUCAGUUUCAAAGAUACAUGGCACCCACACUUAAACAAACAAGAAUAUAGUUUAUUGACAUUACAACAUGGAAGUUCACUGCUUUAAUUUUAUCCCAAACUCCAGUUAUUGCCAAAUUUUUGUAAAGGAGCAUUUUGUAAGAUUCUGUGAGUAGUUUAAAGUCAUACACUUUAAUAUGUUUGUAUUUCUAAUUUAUUAAACGAGAAUYAAUAGCCUUAAAGUUAUUGGUUACAUAGACUUUAAUACUUGUGUAUAAGCCUCUGUAAGUAUUUUSAAAUGCUAUUGGAGAAGCUCAAAUUUUGGCAAAAUGUAUUCUACUUGAAUUAAGUAAACCAUAYCUGAAAUGUCUUUCCUAUUCCCUUAAAUAGUUCAGGUUUUGUGACUUUCAAGUUUUAGCUGUAAUGUGAUGUGUCUUAUAAUUCCACUUAUAAAAAUUUGGUUGGUUGRUGAAAUUUUUGAUGUCAAAAGUAACAUGUGGCUUUCUACCGGAGAUGUACGUGACUUUCAUGUUAUCUGUGGCUUCUGAUCUCCUUUCCGUUGAUUGAACGUUAAUCCUUCUUUCACGUGUAAUCCUAAAUAUACAAAUAAAGCAUGUAUAUUGCUUGAGAAA